AUGGUCGUCCUCUUCCCCGUUGGCUCCAUCUUCAUGCGCAUCAUCCCAGGCCGUCUCUCUCUUUGGAUCCACGCUCUGGCCCAGACAGUGGCGUUUGGCGUCUAUGUCGCAGCCGUGGGAUUGGGCAUCUAUCUUGUGCGCAUGGUGCAGAUCCCCUUUGCGGGCGGGAGUCUGCUGACGAACCCCGACACGAGCUACCAUCCAAUUAUUGGCAUUGUUGUUCUGGCGUUCCUGGCAACCCAGCCCAUCCUGGGCAUUAUCCAUCACGCAAAGUUCAAAAAGGUGCAGCGAAGGCAGAUGUGGUCAUACCUGCACAUCUUCAACGGCCGCAUCUUUAUCACGCUGGGCAUUGCCAAUGGCGGUCUUGGCCUGUGGAUGGCGGGUGCGUCCGAGAAGCUCAAGACCGCUUACAUUGCCGUGGCUGCCGUCAUGUGGUCGCUCUGGAUGCUGUCUGCGCUGUUCGGCGAGUGGCGGCGGUGGAGAGCGAGCAAGAUGGGCCUUGUGCCGGCAGGGAGAGGGAAGAUGAACGACGGAGAUGUGCCGUUUUGA